CUUAAUUUACCAACCACAAUUGAACACAAAAUCAAGCCAAAAAUAUCGUUCAAAAUUCCGCCUUGUUAAAACCCGCUUUAACCAAAAAUUUGACUAUACAAACUUUCGCUGUACGUUGAAACUUGAUUUUUGGUACUAACAUGGCAAGUGUUGAGUCAAUAACUCAAGGUUUUCUGUCUACAGUCUGCGUAUAUCUUGUAUACAAGAUUCUGAAAUACUUCACUAGCGAAGGAAACAGCAAAUUGCCAGCAACCUUUCGUUCAAACCAACGUCGACUUGGGGCGCUCGAAGAAGUCCUAGAUAUUCUUUCCACGGAAAAAUCUGGUGCAUCGAAUAUAUGCUUGGCGAUAUCCAUAGCAUCGAAACAGAGCUUGGUACUUCAACACGUUACAUAACAACAACGACGAAUGGUGAUAAAUAUUUUGAAAUCAAGGAAAUAUGUGAAGUCAUUGGAAUGUUAGAUAUCACCACUUCCGAUGUAAAGGCUUCGGACUGGCAAGAUGUCUGGUUUGAAUAUACAGCAAAACAGAGAGGAAAUGGUCUGUUAUGGCGAGUUGUGAUUUUGCGAGAGGAAUUCCUAUCUGAUACUCGAAAAUAUGUAAAUACAUUAAUGUUUAAAUUUAACCAUUCAAGUAUCGACGGCGUGUCUACUGUCAAGUUUUGCAAGCUGUUCCUUAAUACAAUGAACGAACUCGCGAACGCUACUAGCAGUGUUGAUCAGGAAAUCCCCAGUCUUGAUUUGCUGCCACAAUUUCAUGAGAUUGUUACUCGACAUCGAAUUUGGCAUUCAUUGUAUAAUUUGCUGCUAACCUAUUGCGGUCUGCGACAGAUAUUGAAAGUUCUUAUGAAAAAAAUUAUAACUCGCCAAAGGGGAAAGAAGCCGAAUAAUCCAUAUCACAAACAAUUCCCACCAAAUCCAGAAGUGUCUAAAUUAUCCGUGCCAUGCCGGUUGAAUAUAAAAGUAUUUAGUGAGAAGCAAUCGAGUGACAUUAUACAAACUUGCAAAGCAAAUAAUUGCACAGUAACUGGAGCUAUCACGGCAGCGGCACAUUUGGCGUUUUCUAGACUUAUGGAACAUGGAAACCCUAAAGAUACGGAGAUAGAUUUCUCGUUUCCUAUCAAUGCCCUGCGCUUUUGUGAUCCAAAACCAGACAAGGAUUACUUACGGUAUUUUGUGUACAUGCAGAAUGGUUGUUAUAUGAAUUACGCACCAGAUGAUGAUGGCGAAUUUUGGAAAUUAGCCAAAGAAACUACCGAGGAGAUCAAAUCUUAUGUGAAGAAAGAAAGAUAUAUAACUGAAGAGACUGUAGUCAGUGGAGUAAUGGAACCAAUAGAAAUAAUCAGCCCAUUUAUCACCGGCAAGCUAAUUCCCAAAUGCCCCUGCAAUUUAAUAUCAAGUAUGGGGUCUUUUAAUAUUGGUGGACAGCAAAACGUGACUUAUAAACUAAAUGAAUGUUUCAUAAACGACCUUAUCCAUGAUGCCACCUGUACAUUUUCUCAUUAUAUUUACACCAUUAACGGCAAAAUGACCUGGGAAAUUGUCAGUAAUGUAACAGUAGAUGAUGAACACGCUGAGAUAUUUGCAAAUCAUUGUUACGAUAAACUUACUGAACUGACUAGUAGCAGUGGUCCAGAUAAAAGUGAAGAAGAAAUUUAAUCUACUACUCUACAUGUUACAAACCACCUUUAACGGCUGGCAUUUCCAUGAAUAUGAAUUAAUAUUGUUGCAUGAAGACAAUUUUAUCAAUAUAAGCUUAUCGCGAACAUCAUUGGCUGUAAUGACGAAAAUUCUUAACAAUUUGCUUAUUUGUCAAAUUUUAUCUUAUAAUAGUAUACGCGGCACUGUUGAAAAGCAAACUUGUGUUUAAUUAAUUAGUAACAUAA